ACAGCUGUGAGAUCAAGACGCCGUUGUCCGGAAUAAAUAUAAUACAUUAUAUACACCAUACAUAUAUGCGCAUACAUAUAUGUAUAUGCAUCUACAAAGCAAAGUAAAAACGUAAAAUCUUUUGCGUAGUUGAACUCGUAUCUUCGUCGCGCUGUCUUGUGCGGGCGCAGUAUUGACUGGCUUAUUUGCUGCUGCCGAUGUUUUGACCAGGACAAGAAAUGCCCUGGCUGUCGCGACACUGUCGUUCGCCUGCUCCGUCGUCCCUAACCACCCAGUAGCAGCACUAACCGUAGCGUAGCCGUAGAGAGCCGAGACUCCAAAUAAUAAUAACACAGAGCACAGUAACAGACCGCGAUUAGCCCGACUAUCACGCAGUUCAGUUCAACUGCAGCUCAGCGGAGGAGAACAAGUAACAUUAACACUAACAGGAACGUGUGUGCAUACAUCAGAUUGGAUUGUGAUUGAAACGAAACUCUAGAAUAAAAUAAAAACCAAACCAAACCCCGUUUAAUACCCGAGAUACUUAUACGCAAUUAAUCCAUCUGCCAUUGCACCUGGAAGAAAAAUCAACAGAAAAAUCUACAAUAACGUGUUAGCAUUGAGGUAAAGUUCUAAAUAAAAUUAAAAAACAAAACUGCAGUUCGUAAAACAAACAUUUCGUCUGUGUGUGCGCGUGUGUGCGUGUGUGUGGUGGUGACCAAUCCAAUCUAUUAAAUACAGUGCAUUUAUGUAUAAAUUAAUAUAAUGCUCAGCUGAGAGUGUGCAUAAAAAAACUAAUAUAUAUACAUAAGAUAUACGUAUACGUAUAAACAUACAUACAUAUACAUAUAUAUACAUAAGUAUAAACCCAUUACACAGACGCAACGCGAAGCGAACGUGAGUCUUGGAAUAUUGCAAACACAAAACAAAAAAUAAAUAAAUAACGAGGAACCAGUUUCACCUUGAGCACACACAUUCACAAUCAAAGAAGACAGAGUAUCUGUGUGCGCGCGAGUAUAUUGUUAAAUGAAACAGCACGAUCGGGCAGGCAGGCGACUACGAAUACAUAAUCGUACAUAAGUUACAUGCAUAAACAUGCACGGCACUGGGUAAUGUGCGGUUAAAAUGCUAACCGCUCUAUUUAAUAAUACCCGAUAAAAUUGGAAGAGCCCGAGCCUUAUCACCAGCUACAGCUAAAUCCACAGCUACAGCUACGACGAGUGUACACAAACAAAUCCCAUAACCAAAACCAACACCAAUACCAAUAUACCACUGCCAGCCAGACCCACAAAUGUGUAUCUACUACUGCGAAUGCUGAUGCUGCUGAAGAUCUAGACGAAUGCACUUGGAUAACUAACUGUGCGAUGCACCCCACUAACACGGCGCCCCACACGCUUCAAAUUUGAGAUACAAGUGGAAAGAUGAUAGCUGAGCCAAAUCAGGGAACUCUCGUCACCAACACCGAUACGGAUACGGAUACCGAUACUGUUAGUAUUGCAGCCACCCCAAUAAACUUAGCCCCAACCCAACCGAUACGGAUACGGACACCAGCGAGUAAAACACAAAGCGCGCAAGCUAUUACUCAUUCGACGAAGGCUGUGGCUGGGACUCUGCCUGCGCCUGUUGCUGCAGCUGCAGCUGCACCGAACGAUAUGACCGAUAUGACAGUCAACAUGGGUGACGACUCCAGUGUAGUAUUUGGAUCUGCACGGGUGCCUGUUAAUUCAAGUACCCCGUAUUCAGAUGCAACCCAAACGAAGAAACAUUCUCCCGGCCACAUCAAGAGACCUAUGAAUGCAUUCAUGGUAUGGAGUCAAAUGGAACGGCGGAAGAUUUGUGAGCGAACGCCAGACUUGCAUAACGCCGAGAUAUCCAAAGAACUGGGCAGACGAUGGCAGCUCCUGAGCAAAGAAGAUAAGCAGCCGUAUAUAGCGGAGGCAGAGAAGCUCAGGAAGCUGCACUUGAUCGAGUAUCCCAACUACAAGUACAGGCCACAAAAGAAGCAGUCGAGAUCUCCAGGAGCGCUGAAGCAGAAUCCGGAUGCGGAUGGCAGCGAAGUUAAAAAUGACACACACAAUGCUACAUUGUCCACUAUUGCAAUUAAUGGAACACCCACUGCCGGGCGGAAAAGCAAAAGAUCUACCUCUACAUGUCAAACUGGUUCAGUUUCGAAACGUAUAAGAAAUAAUGACACGGGUGAUACUUCGAAACCUAAAUACAAUCUAAAUGUAAAAGCUCCGAUAGAGCAGCACAAUGCCGUUGAUAUUAUGUUACCGUCAACAGAUACUCUUUUAAGCUAUAAAUCAUCUGAAUAUUUACCUCUGAACACGAAUAGCAAUGCUGAUUGCGAUCUAAAGCUACACUCAGACCUAAAUGCUGGUCAAAUGGCAGAGCUUUCCGCCGAUCAACGAGAGAAUUUAUCCGAAGAUGUUCUCAGGUAUUUGCCAUAUAUCGCAAGCUCCACCGACAACGAGGACGACUCCCAGUUGGCGGUAAACUCCUCGUCCACCAGCCUCCACAAUCAAUCGGAUCCAAACGCAGGACUGAUGGAGAAUAUAUCCGAUAUAAGUCCAAUGAAUGCCAGAGAAGCUGACCUGAAGUAUUUGCCAUUCUGUGACGAAUCCCUAUUCGAUGUGAGCACUGCCAAUAACGGCAAUGGGAGCAACAAUCACAAUCACAAUCCCAAUCACAUUUUAAAUGUGAUAAAGUCGCACCCGAACUUCUCGGAUAGCCACAAUAUCAUUGAGCCCGUAUUCGACUCUGAAGACAACAUUGUAAAUGAUGCCAAUUUGCAUUCGGCCAGCCAUCAAAUACCUCCGUAUGUGCCUGAAACUCACGAGUGUUUUGCCGAAGACUGUGCCGGUGGCGACAACUCGUCCUCCCAUCAAGUGGAAUUCGAGGUCCAACCGCAAACUGUAACGAUGAACAUCGAGAUACACAACAGCACUCUUCCAUAUGGGGGAGAUGGCGGGCAUACAUUCCAAUCCAAUGACGAUUUCAAUCCGAUACCGUCGGCAGCUGAAGACAGCGACUGCAGCAUACUAACCGCCUCACAUUCGCCACAAAUCGGCUUCUAUAGCGGCAGCAUAAGCAAUAGUUUCGUUGAAUCAGACGCUAUCGUGAACACAUGUACAUACAAUACAACCCAAGACUACACCGGAAAUGUAAUUGAAACAAACAAUGAUCUCAGCUACACCACAUAUGAUAACAACGGAGAUCUUCUAUCUUACACAUUUGAGGACUUGCCGCCUCAGCCUGGUAGUCAUUUAGAGUUUAACACCAACAAAUAUGACUUUUGCAAGUUAUGAUAAAAUGUGAGAAAUACCUUUAAGUUUUGUGUAAUUUAUAACUAAUAUAAUUAUACGUUUGUAAUUUUACACCAAAUUAUCUAUACAUACAAUAUAUAUAUAUUCC